GUAUGCCAUCUUCCAAAGCAUCAAAGAAUUGCAAAUCACAAUAUUUAAUAACAAUCAUCGAAGCUUUCAAAUCUUCAUCCAAGAAAUCACUUCUGGGAAGAAAAUGUCGCUGAUUCCAAGUUUCUUCAGUGGUAGAAGGAGCAACAUCUUCGAUCCAUUCUCCCUUGACGUUUUCGAUCCAUUCAAGGAUUUUCCGUUAUCUAAUUCACUUUCCGCUUCCUUUCCUGAAUUGUCUCGUGAGAAUUCUGCAUUCGUGAGCACACGUGUGGACUGGAAGGAGACUCCUGAAGCGCACGUGUUCAAGGCUGAUCUUCCAGGACUGAAGAAGGAGGAAGUGAAGGUUGAGAUUGAAGACGAUAGGGUUCUUCAGAUAAGCGGAGAAAGAAGCGUUGAGAAAGAAGAUAAGAACGAUCAAUGGCAUCGCGUGGAGCGGAGCAGUGGUAAGUUCUUGAGGAGAUUUAGAUUGCCAGAGAAUGCUAAAAUGGAUCAAGUCAAAGCAAAUAUGGAGAAUGGUGUUCUAACUGUGACUGUUCCUAAAGAAGAAGUUAAGACGCCUGAAGUCAAGACCAUUGAUAUCUCUGGUUAGAUACUAAAUUGAGUUCUGUGUUAGAAUUGCUUUAUUCUAAUGGCUAUGUGUUUAGCUGUGUACUGUGUGUGUAAAAGAAAAAGAAUGAAAUCAUGCAAAUGUUUUGUAAUUUCCAGAAUCUUAUGUGAAUAAAUUCCAGUUUGCAAUA